CGGAAGCCAGUGCAGAAGUUUAGCCAGUUUAGCGCGCAUUCUUUCCAUGGCGUUAUCGAUGUGUCGGUGAUUGCCCGCCUGAAUUAGGCGUUUGCAGUUUGCACACAAGCUUUGCCAGUGACCGUGUCACAAAAUGCCCCAGGGUCGAAAGCGGCCUGCAAAAGAUGAUAGGCUGCCAUGCAAAUAUGGGUCCAAAUGUUAUCGAAGAAGUACCGACCAUUUAAAAAGAUUUAGCCACCCAGAGUCUAAGGAAUUGGAGUGUGACGCCAGUGUUUCUGGAGACGCACCUACGGUUGACAGAGGUCUGGACGUGGCACGUGUGUUAUCACCGAAAAAACUUAAACCAACCGCCAAGAAGCCUGACGUGUCUACCUCCGAAACAAAAGUGGAUGCAAAGGAGCCUAGCGAUCUCCCCGACUCGCCUGAUGACGUCCGGGAGUCUAUUAGACAAAAAUUUUUAGUUGAAAUGCCUGAAGACUUCUAUGAUUUCUGGGAAUUCUGCACUUCUCUGAAAAAGGAACGCCCGUCAGAUGCACUCUAUGACCUGCUUGGUUUGAAGCUUGUUGGCCCCUUUGAUGUCCUGGCUGGAAUACUAACAAACAAGAGCGUUAGGACAUCCGAUGACUUCCUUUGUCACUGGCGCUACUUUUAUGACCCUCCUGAAAUGCAAACUGUCCUAAGUGGAGAUGAUGAGACAAUGUACCACAUUGGCUAUUUUAGGGAUGACCCAAAGGAGAUGCCUGUAUUCUUGGUGUCAAAUGUUGCAUCAGAAGACUGCAAAUUUGUAAAGGUAGCAGGAAACCUGUUCGCUUUACUCAGCAAGGAGAUUUCCAAGGCCCUGAAGAAAUGUGACAAUUCGCAGGAAAAGACAAAGCUGCGCAAGCUCAAUGGGGCACUAGUAGAGUUUGCUGAGGGAAAGGGCCACUUGCUGCAAGAGGCUUCCAAGAAGCGGCCUAAGCCUCAAAGUUCUGCUUUCCAUGGUGCUGGUCUUGUGGUUCCUUAUGACAGCAAAACUAGUGUUGGCUACCGCAAGAUGCCUCUGUCAGACACUGAAAUGAAGAAAUUGUUGGCCAAGUUCUCGGAUGACACUGAGGGAGGAGCCCACAGGGACAAACUACAGGAGCUUGUCACUUGGGUCCACAUUGCCAAUGACGAGUGCGACUAUGGCAUGGGUCUCGAGUUCAGCAUCGCCCUGUUUUGUGCUGGCCAUACCAGUCUGCACCCAACCAUUGACAUGCUGGGUGGCCUUGCCUACCAUCUCCUUGGUCGGGAACCAUUUGCCCGUAUCCUCAAGGCCCACCUGAAGCGCAGACUUAAAUCCCCAAAUGCCAUUGUUCCAAGCUAAAGUGCUUCUGUUUGGCUUGGCAUAGCAAGCGAGUGUACUCUUAUAUGUAAUAGGAGUGUGUGGCAAUGAAUGGAGUGAGCAUAGCAGUGGUGUCCCAGAAUGAUGUAAUGUUUGGAUGUCUGCUCACAUUUGAGUAUCCGUGAUGCCAAGUGGCGCGAUUGUUCCUUCCAGAUGUGUGUUAGUCAAGAAUUUAAUAGAGCUGCUGUUUCAUCUUUCAAAUCACAUGCAGUCAAUGAUUUUAUUGCAGUGCAAAGCCAAACGAGUCUCUACGUCAUCAAAAAAUGCAUACCACCAUUUACGACUGCGUUACAUCACUGCAAGUCGGCCUAGUUGGAACAGACUCAUGUUUUAAAAACUUUUUGUGCGCGAAUAAACAUGGACAAAGAAUAGGAGCAACACAAGGACAAGCGCUUGUCCUUGUCUUGCUCCUCUUCUUUGUCCCCGUUUGCGCAAAAAGUGCGUUACAUCCACUCAAUAGACUGGCAUUAAGGGAUAUGUGCGCUGUACACACACAUGUAAACAAGUAGCAGCUAGCAGACGAUCCGCCACGCCACUCACACUAUUGUGGUUCAGCCAGUCUCCGCUUGAUCUCGCAGCCAAUAGUGUGUGCACCAGAGGAGACAAUCAACUUGGCUCACAAAAACGAAUGAAAAAAAAAAGUCUGGAAAAUCAAACUUCCCUCGUCGCAAACAGGCCGUUUGAAUAAACCUGCAUUGCACUAUCUUUUUUGGCAUAUCGCAGUACAGCUGUGCAUUGGUGGUGGAUAUGCAUCUACUGAAGGCUUACUGAGGUGUGUGCCUUGCACUGCAGUGUAAACUGAAGCCAUGCAGUUGAUAGGACUAACAUUAAACCAGAAGAUUUGUUCCACUAUUAUGUCGAAGUGCUAGCUAUUUACUGUGCUAUUUCGGCAGUUCCUUUUCUAUGACUGAUCUUUGCCGUCACUUGAGCACCAAUUGCGCCAGCAUUGUGGCAUGGUGCAUAUAAAUCAUAUGCACACACAACUGGCUCUGUGUUAAACUUUGCUGGGCCUUUUCUUCCCUUGUUGGUACAAUAAAGCGUCAAUGUCAUUAA